UUUAGUCCACUCCAUUAAGAAAUCCUCAUUCAAUUGCUCUCUCCGGCGAGGUCUCCGGACCCCCGGCAGUGCAAACAUGUCGGAUAUUGACGAUCUCCGCUCACCGCCUCCGGCCUUGGCACGGCCUUUCCCACUCUACAAGCACUUGUCUUGGUCGCCGGAUGCGGACCGUGAGGAGGCCUGGCUCCGCCGCAAAACCCAAAGCAAGAUUCGGCGGAGCAAGAGCGUGACCGACGAUGACUUCGAAGAACUCAAAGCCUGCGUUGAGUUGGGGUUCGGAUUCAACUCUCCUGAGGUGGACCCUCGACUCUGUGAAACUUUCCCGGCGUUGGGCUUUUACCACGCCGUCAACAAGCACUACUAUCGCACUCUCUCGAACUCGUCGGCGUCUCUCUGCUCUUCCCCUGUUUCGGACUCUCUUUCUCCCUCUGCUCAGAGUAGCCCCGCCGCCAUAAUCAGCCUCGGGGAGAAUCCGCAGACGGUGAAAGCAAGGCUGAAGCAAUGGGCGCAGGUGGUUGCUUGUUCAGUACGGCAGUAUUGAUUAUUGCCGAUCAAUUCAUCACAAAAUUUGUAUCAUGUUUAUUAUUUUUCUUCCCAAACUUCCGUUCUGGCUUGAAUACAGAUUCUAAUCAACACAUACACAUUUAAUCCUCAAUUAUCCAAGUUCCUUUUUUUCUUGAA